UUGUUUAAGUUUUGGUAUUCCUUGUCUAAGUUUCUUAUUUCAAGAUAUACGAAGGAAUAUCCGAAGUUUGUUUCAUCCUUGUGAUUUUGUUUUUUAACGUAUAUUCAAUAAAAUAUUUCAGUUUUGCACAGAACAUUAUUGUGAUCAAAGUGUAGAAGAAAGUUUACAAAAAUGGAGGACAAACUAAGACAAAUGGAAGAUGAAAUGAGCAGUGUAUGGCGGUACAUAUAUUACAACAUAGCUGGAAUUAAAACAAGAUAUCACGUAACUUGACGUCAGAUUUGAAGCCGAAAUUGGUGGACAGUUAGUGACUCCAAUGGUUAGACCUGUAAUAGGAGCCAAUACAUAUAAUCAAGUCGCACGUCAACUAGAGCAGCAUGAACUUCCAACACCAGUCGUUGCAGCAGCUGCAGCAACAUUAGCUUUUCCACCGAUGAUAGGUUUUCCACCACCGCCGCCACCACCGCCACCGCCACCACCACCACCAAUGUUAAUACCUCAACAAGUUGCAAGACAAGGUACAGUCCCUAUCACAACAUAUUCUUCUCCUGCACAGAUAAGUAAUCCAUACUUACCAAAUAUGGUGGAUCCAUGUUUAAGUGCAACUCCAAAAACUUAUGAAUCUACGUCAGCACCAAUGAUUCAUCCAGAAAUUAUUGAACAGAUUAUCAAUACAAAGAUACCAGAAGAUGAAGGUAAAAAGAAACCAAAGGUAAAAGGCGUUAGUACAGCUGCUGAAUUGGCCAUUAGUCAAGGGAAAGCUAGUUCUAUUAUGGCAAAUGCUAGUGCCGAAGAAAGUCAUCCAAAAGGUAAAGGAAAGAAAAAUAAAAAGAUUAUUAGAAUGGCUGGUGGACAGACUUGGGAAGAUCCUUCUCUGUUAGAAUGGGACGAAGAUGACUUCAGAAUAUUUUGCGGGGAUUUGGGAAAUGAUGUUACCGACGAAAUGCUAGUGAGAGUAUUUGGCAAGUACCCUAGCUUUCAAAAAGCGAAAGUAGUUAGAGAUAAACGGACAAACAAAACUAAAGGUUUCGGAUUCGUGUCCUUCAAAGAUCCACAAGAUUUUAUCAAAGCUAUGAAAGAAAUGAAUGGACGAUACGUGGGAUCUCGGCCGAUAAAAUUACGGAAGAGUUCGUGGAAGCAGCGAAAUUUGGAAACAGUGCGAAAGAAAGAAAAGGAGAAGCAAGCUUUGAUCGGUUUAUUGACCGGUCGGUGACGUGACAAAAUCAUUAUUGUCCUCAUUCCGGUCGACUCGACAGUGUUAUAAUGAGGACGUAAUCGUAAGUCAGUCGUGUCAAUUGAUCACACUGCUGGAUCUUUGAUACUGUAACUCAAAGAUCGAUCGAAAAAUCAUACAUUAUCGAAGGUACAGCUGUGUCGAGGAUUUGUCAGUGUUAAAGCGAACGACAUUCAAGGAAUAACAAGAAUGAAUUUAUUGUAUAAUUAUGUUUAUAAUAUCAUCGUUAGUGUCUGUAUAAAAAAAAA